CAAACCAAAAUGUUGAUGAACUUUUGUUGACGUAGUGCGCUCCAUUUAUUGGUUGUGGCGUGCUUCAGUUUUUCUCUAUAUUUAUUAAAUAAAACCGUUCCCAUGGUAAGGUGUUUUAUGUCUGAAGCAGACAUUGAGCGACUUCGUAUUUUCUAGUCCCGUUUUGAUUUCCAGAAGUAUUUUGGUCAUCUGGGUCACUGUUUCAGGAAUUGGGUUUUUGUCUCCUGUGUUGUUUUUCUGUUUCUUUACGGAAUUUGGUUUGGUUUGAAAUUGGGUAUUGAGGGUCAUAGAUUUUUUUGGUCUUUAUAAUUCGUCGGUGGGUUUUGAGCGGUGAAUAGAGAUUAAGGUAGUUAAAUUGGUUGUUGGGUUUUUGGUUUCAAAUCACGAGAAAAUUGGUGAGUCACAAGAAAGCUGUAAGUGGGAAAGCUCAGGGUCUCAACUGCUUCUGUGAGCCAUUUUCUACUGCCCUCACAAGUAGUUUUUCUUAGGGUUUGGGACUCUACAUUCAGGUUUUGUCUUGGAGAGAGUUCUGUCUUCUUGUUUCUUCCUUCUGAUGUCCUUAUUGUGUUUUUGAAAUGAAUCAUUCUGGGUUAGAAAGAAAUCAGAGAGCAGCAGUUGAAGUUACAAAGGACAAGAAUGGAAUUGACCAGGUUGUCCUUCAGAACACUCGAGGAGCUUCAGUGAGGGUUAGCUUGCAUGGAGGGCAGAUUCUUUCAUGGAGGACUGACCAUGAUGAAGAAUUAUUAUUUACUAGUAGUAAGGCAAUCUUUAAACCACCACAAGCAGUGCGAGGAGGAAUACCAAUUUGUUUCCCACAGUUUGGAAGCCGUGGACUGCUGGAACAACAUGGGUUUGCCAGGAACAAGAUUUGGGUCUUUGAUGAAAAUCCUCCACCCCUGCAUCCCAAUGAUUCAAAUGGAAAAGCCUACACUGACCUGCUACUUAAAGCAUCUGAAGAAGAUCUAAAGGCCUGGCCCCAUAGUUUCGAGUUCCGUCUUAGAGUCUCUUUGGCAGAGGAUGGGUAUCUAACAAUGAUAUCACGCAUCAGAAACAUCAAUUGCAAGCCUUUCAGUUUCUCAUUUGCGUAUCGUACAUAUCUCUCCAUCUCUGAUAUCAGUGAGGUGAGAAUAGAGGGGUUGGAGACUCUCGACUAUCUUGACAACCUGUGUGAGAAACAGCGCUUCACAGAACAAGGAGAUGCCUUGACAUUUGAAUCUGAGGUGGAUCGAGUUUAUCUUAGCUCUUCGGAUGUGAUUGCUGUUUUUGAUCAUGAAAAAAAGCGCACAUUUACCGUACAGAAGCAAGGACUUCCAGAUGCAGGGGUCUGGAAUCCAUGGGAGAAGAAGUCCAAAUCCAUAGCGGAUUUUGGGGAUGAGGAGUACAAAAAGAUGCUUUGCAUUGAUGUAGCAGCAGUGGAGAAACCAAUCACCUUAAAACCAGGUGAAGAAUGGACAGGCCGGUUGGAGCUCACCACUGUCCCUUCAACUUAAUAUUGACCAAUCCCUAUUCUCACAAGAUUAUUUUCUAGGUUGAAUACUACUAAUACCAAUAACCAACUAAAGAAGGCUGCUUUUUUGUUUGUGCUAGUGGCGACCACUAAUGCUCCUUAUAAUCUGUAUUUGCGGUGUGAAAUUGAAUAAGAACAUCACCUCCUAGAUUGGUGAUCUGGGUAAUCUAAUCUAUGUUCCUGCAAUGAAGCUGGAGACCUGUUUUAAUGUUUCUCUCCACUUUGUUAAGGGCAGAAAAUGUAUACAUUUACCUACACAGUCUGUAUAUGGACUGUGGAAUAAGUGAAAAUGUAAUCUAAUCUAUGUACCUGCAAUGAAGCUGGAGACCUGUUUUAAUGUUUC